AUGACUUAUAUGGUGAGAAACGAGUUGUGUACGAGAGGUGCAACAUUAUGCUCUUUUGCAACACUAAGGCAAUCCUUAAGUAAGGUUUUGACCCGAUUUCAUCCUCUGGCUGGAAGGCUUUCAGAUGAGAACGAUUUCACCGUAGAUUGCAACGAUUCUGGGGCUUUAUUUGUUGAGGCUAAGAUUCAGGCCAAUCUGGCUGAGGUUAUUACAGAGCCGAGCAUGGAUGAACUGAAGCAGUUUCUGCCACUUGGGCCAACUGAAACUAAUGUCCUCCUAGCGAUUCAGCUCAACGUGUUUGAUUGUGGUAAACUUGGGGAUGGAGCCUCAUUGGUGAAUUUCAUGCAUUCAUGGGCUGCAGUAACUUUCCAUGGGCGGCGAUGUAGCUUCGGGUUUGAUUUCAAACCAUCCACUGAUCGGAUUUCGAAAGAAGAAAAGAUCGUCUCCAAACGGGUCGUGUUCGACAAAGAGAAGCUGGCGAAACUCAAGUCCUCUGUUCCUGAAUCCCAAGUGACGGAUCCGACCCGAGUCGAGGCUGUUUCUGCAUACUUUUGGAGGCAUUUCAUGGAUGUCGCAAAAGCCCAAAAUCCUAACAAGAAGAUGGCAGUUGUGGCGACCCAUGUUGUGAAUUUGAGGCCCAGAAUGGAUCAAUCUCUUCCGGAUUAA